AUGGCUCCCGCAGAGGGCGAGGGUAACUGCGUGGGGUACGCCGCGUGCGACGCGAGCGGGGAGCUGGCGCCGUGGAGGUUUUAUCGGCGGGAGGUGGGGCCCGGGGACGUGAAGAUCCGCAUCACUCACUGCGGCGUCUGCCACAGCGACGUGCACCUGGCGAGGAACGAGUGGGGCAACUCCAUGUACCCCAUUGUUCCCGGGCACGAAAUCAUAGGAGUGGUGGAGGAGGUCGGAGCACAAGUGAGCAAGGUGGCAGCGGGGCAGCGAGUGGGAGUGGGGUGCAUGGUGGGGUCGUGCGGUGAGUGCGAGGCGUGCAGGCAGCACGAGGAGCAGUCGUGCCCCAAGUGUAUCUUCACCUACAAUACCGUCGACCCGCUCUCGCCGUCCGGCCAGUCCACUUACGGCGGCUACUCCUCCUUCAUCGUUUGCAAUGAAGACUGCGUCCUCUGUAUCCCUGCUGAGCUGGCAUCUGACGUGGCAGCGCCCCUGCUGUGCGCUGGCAUCACAGUCUACUCGCCCAUGAUGCAUUACGGCGCCAACAAGCCCGGCAUGCGCCUGGGGGUGGCAGGGCUGGGUGGGCUGGGCCACGUGGCAGUGCAGAUGGGGCGCGCGUUUGGCAUGCACGUCACUGUGCUGAGCACGUCCCAGGGCAAGGAGAGGGAGGCGAGGGAGGUGAUGGGAGCACACAGGUUCAUUGUCACCAAGGAUGCUGACGCCAUGAAGGCGGCAGCAGGGUCGUUGGAUGUGGUCAUAGACUCGGUGUCAGCGCAGCAUGAGCUGGGACCCUACCUCGACCUUCUCACAUUCAAUGGGAAGCUGCUCCUCCUCGGCAUCCCCCCAGCACCCUUCACUCUCCAUGCCAGUCAGCUUGUGUUCGGGCGUAAGAUGGUAGCAGGAAGUUUGAUUGGAGGAAUCAAGGAGACUCAAGAAAUGCUGGAGUUUUGUGCAAAGAAUGGUGUGGCUCCCCAGGUGGAGAAAAUCGCUAUUGGAGAUAUCAACAGGGCAUAUGAUCGUUUACUCAAGGUAGAGUCCACACUGAAGUAA